AAAAAAAGAAAAAAAACGAGAAGAGAAAGAAAUAGCCAAUAAUAAGUAUACACACACUGUGCACAACAAAGUGAUAGAGGCAGAUUCAGAGAGGUGAAAAAAAGUUCGUCAGAAUUUAUCUAUCUGAUGAAUUUUGGUUGAGAGAUUUAACACCGAAUCAGAGGUGGGUUUCUUCCACAAUUAUAGAAAAAGCUAAAAAGAUAGACAAAUUGUUGUUCUUUCUGUGUGUGAGAUAGAGAUCAAGGAGAGAGAGUGUGUGAGUGCAGAGAACGUGAAAUGGAAUGAAAAUGCGUUUCCCACUUGCGGUUGGAGAGGAUAAGGGCGACGAAAUGAGUCUAUUUCAGUGAGAAGAAGCCAUUUCUCCGAUUUCACAGCUCUGAUUUCAUUCUGCAUGCUGGUAUCUAUCUACAACCUUCCUUUUAAGUUAAGGUGAAGUGGAAUAUGCAGUUAGUUUGUGGAGAUGCUUCCCGGAGCUGAGAUUGAGAUGUUAGGAGGUGACUGCUUUGAAGGGUCAUAUGAGGAUCAUCAGAUAUUCAGAGAAGUUUUCUUUGGAAGUGAUCCUGGAAAUACUACUAAAAGAUGUCUCGUUACUGGAGCCAUUAACUUCGAAUGUGAUUCCAGUAAGAAUGUCAAUUCCUCUCUGAGUUCCAACUCUGUGGUAACUAGUGGAUAUGCAUGUCCACAAGGUUUUGAGGCAUCUGCUUCAAGAGAUGGUUCAGAUUUUAACACUAAAGCUAAGAGAGUGAAGCUUUCAGGUAAUAAGCAUUUGGAUGCAAGGGACGAAAAGGGAUCUGCUUUGCAUGGUUUUCCAACUUCGGACAUAGCUAGAGAGACGAUACCUCUCCAUUUAGUUGAAUCAUCUAACAAGGGUGUUUCAACUAGCUCAUAUUUGUUGAAGCACAGCAUAGUAAAGGGAAGAGAAGUUUAUCUGGGUGGCAUUGUGUCUGGAAAGUGUAAGUCACUAAACUUGGACAAAUGCGAUGGAAAGGAAUUUAAAGCUAUUGCCUCUCCUGUUUCUCAGGAGAGCUUCGCAACCAGAAUGAUCUCUGUAGGUGCUUCUACGCCGCAUAGUGAGAAGGCUUGCUUCCCGCUACAGUUGAACAACGGAUCUAAAGUAUCUCCUAAUGAGUUAAUUAUGUCUAAAACCUGCCUAAAGAUUGAUCCUAAAGAGGACCCCCGUCCUCUUCUCUACAAGUAUGUCUGUAAGGUUCUAACUGCUGCCAGAUGGAAAAUUGAGAAGCGCGAAAGAUCAGCAGGUAGGAAACAUGUAGACACAUUUUACAUAUCGCCAGAGGGACGGAAAUUUCGUGAAUUUGGGUCAGCUUGGAAAGCAUUGGGUGGGAUCCUAUUAGCUGAUCGUAAGUUAAUGGAUACUGGUACUAAGAAAUGGACUGGUAUUAAUGACUUCUGGUCCGAUCUCUCUCUUACACUGUUGGACAUCGAGGAGAACAUGAAAAAUUUAAAUCUUGCUAACACACGGGCACUUUGGUGGAGUGCCUUAGAGCCUUUUGUGGUUGUUGUCUUCAUUUCUAAGCAAGUUGGUUCUUUAAGAAAAGGAAAUAAAGUUGAAGUUGCAAGGAAUUCAAAUCCAGACAAGUUGAAGAAAGAAGAUACAAUUUGUUUGAACCUGAUUUCAGGCUGUCCUGAAAGUGUGCUGACAGUAUCUGAAGGCAGUCAUCUUGUUCAUGACGUGGAUGCUAACCAAGAGAUACAUUCAGAUCUUGAGGUGCAAACUAAAAUUUCCUCUCAAAAAGUUUCUUCAAGACUAGAGAGGCAGAGCAUAAUUGGUAAGGAAAUCUCUGGGACUCAUGAGCAGGAGGCUAGCAAGGGCAUUGUAGCUUCAAAAUUGAUAGCAGAAGACAUGCAUGAAAGUGUUAUGAGAAAGAACUUACACAGAAGAUCAAAGAAAAUAUCCGAUAUCAAACCAGCUUCCUUGGACCAACAUGAUUCACUAGAUUCUAAUUCUCUCAAUAGCUUUGAAUUCCAGGAUAAAGAGAUGGGCAACAUUCACCUCGUCUCAAAGGGAAGUCGGGAUGAAAGGUUGAGGAAUGAGAAGAUGAAUAAUUCAUGUUGCAAUUCAAAGAAAGGAAGAAAGAAAGCUAGGAAGCACUAUACUCAAGAUGAUGACCUUAUGGGGUCGACAAUAACCAGAAACAAAGGUAAGUUCAGCAGAUCAAGCCAGAAAAAGAAAACACAGAAGCCAAAGGCUAGAACAAAGAAAAGAAACAAUAGGGGAGGGUGCAGGUUGCUUCCCCGAAGCUCAAGCAAUGUGGAAAAUCAUUUUUUUCAAGGAAAUUGGUCUAUUUUGGGUCCUAGAACUGUCUUAUCAUGGUUGAUAGCUACCAAAGUAAUUUCUAGAGACGAAGUAAUCCAGUUACGAGAUCCAGAUGAUGAUACUGUGGUAAAAACAGGCCUGGUAACUAAAGAUGGAGUGGUUUGUACAUGUUGCAACAAGACUGUGUCACUUUCUGAAUUCAAGAACCAUGCUGGAUUUAACCAGAACUGUCCAUGUCUGAAUCUUUUCAUGGGGUCAGGAAAGCCUUUCGCUUCAUGUCAGCUGGAAGCUUGGUCUGCUGAGUAUAAGGCGCGAAGAAAUGGAUGGAGAUUAGAGAAAGCCUCUGAUGAUGAUCCAAAUGAUGAUUCUUGUGGAGUUUGUGGUGAUGGGGGUGAGCUGAUCUGCUGUGAUAAUUGUCCAUCUACCUUCCAUCAGGCGUGCUUAUCAAUGCAGGUGCUCCCUGAAGGAAGUUGGUAUUGCUCGAGCUGCACAUGUUGGAUAUGCAGCGAGUUGGUUAGUGAUAAUGCUGAACGCUCUCAGGACUUUAAAUGUUCCCAGUGUGCGCAUAAAUAUCAUGGAACAUGUUUGCAAGGGAUAAGUAAACGCAGAAAGCUUUUUCCAGAGACCUACUUUUGUGGUAAAAAUUGCGAGAAGGUGUACAAUGGUCUUAGUUCUCGUGUUGGGAUCAUUAACCCUAAUGCUGAUGGUCUGUCUUGGUCAAUUCUUAAAUGUUUUCAAGAAGAUGGAAUGGUUCAUUCUGCCCGAAGGUUGGCGCUGAAGGCUGAAUGCAACUCGAAAUUAGCUGUUGCCCUAUCAAUUAUGGAGGAAAGCUUUCUGUCUAUGGUAGAUCCAAGAACUGGUAUUGACAUGAUACCUCAUGUGCUAUACAACUGGGGGUCAACAUUUGCUCGGUUAGACUUUGAUGGGUUUUACACAGUGGUUGUGGAAAAGGAUGAUGUGAUGAUCUCAGUAGCAUCUAUCAGGUUAGUAUGAAGAAACUCGAAUUCAUGCUGAAAAAACAGUAAUCUCAUGGCUAUCAAAGUGUUUGGUAUGUCUUCUAGAACCUCCAGGCAAUGAAACAAAAUUUGACACUAUCACCAAAUGGAUGCUUAGAACUAUUCUUUCACUUCCAUCCACUGGAACGAGUUACAUAUAAACCCCAUUUUACUAUAUCCAGGGUGCACGGAGUAACUAUUGCAGAGAUGCCUCUUGUAGCUACGUGCAGCAAAUAUCGCCGACAGGGCAUGUGUAGAAUCCUCGUGGCUGCCAUUGAAGAGAUGCUUAUGUCUCUCAAAGUGGAGAAGCUUGUGGUAGCUGCAUUGCCGAGUUUAGUGGAAACUUGGACUGAAGGUUUUGGCUUCAAACCCAUGGAUGAUGAAGAGCGUGAUGCUCUCAAAAGAAUAAACUUGAUGGUAUUCCCUGGGACAACUCUGCUCAAGAAAACACUAUACGAGAGCACAAAACCCAGCACUAUGAAAGGUGUAUGUCUUUCUAAAGAACGCAAUAACCCAUCAAACAAAGAAGCAGAUCUAGAGCCAGGUCUAGACAAAGCCGGGUCUCCCAUGAGUACCCAAGUUGAGAGCUGUGAUCAGAUGGUUCCAGCAGGUUCAGAUGAUGAGCCAUCCCCAGGCUUCCCCGUACCACUCGGAGCCGAUCAAACAGAACCAACUUCAGAAACAGAGAACCCAAGCCGAGACAGCAAUGCCAAUGAUAGGCCAAAUAAAACAACAGUAGUCUCUAUAGGAGAAGAAGAAGAAGAAGAAUGUUUGCAGAAAGAUGUAUCAAAGUUAUCAGAAGAAGGAAAAGAAACGACAAGGGCUUCUUCUUCCUCUGCAGCUUUAGAAGAAGUUAGUGGUCUAGGACUAGGAGUAGUAAAUAAUGUUAGCGAUGAGAUGUUGCUUUGUGUUGAUGAACAGCUUGACUCUGAUAGCUCUCAGGAUUCGGAAUAAUAUUAUUAGACUAAAAAACUAUGAUCGUUUCUUUCUCUAUAUCCUCUCGUCACUUUUUUUUUUUUGAAAGAAAACCCUACUAAGAUAAGGAAACCGCAUAAAAGAG